AAUAAAAAGUGUAAAAUGGCGGGUGCUGCAAACGUGGGAGAGAAGCUUUACAAUUUAAUAUUGGAACUGCACAAAAAAGAAGCUGUAAAGUUUGGGAAUUUUACUCUGAAAAGUGGAAUCCAGUCACCUGUUUAUUUCGAUCUUCGUGUCAUUGUGUCAUAUCCAAAAUUAAUGAAAAUAGUUGCAGAGCUGAUGUGGGACUUGGUAGAGAAAGAAAACUGUCAUUUUGAAUCGAUUUGUGGUGUGCCAUACACAGCAUUACCAAUAGCAACAGUUUUGUCAGUAGAUCACAAUUAUCCUAUGUUGAUCAGACGUAAAGAAGCAAAGGAAUAUGGGACAAAAAAGAUGAUUGAAGGUCAUUACAAACCAGGAGAAGUUUGUCUCAUUGUUGAAGAUGUGGUUACAAGUGGAACAUCUGUUCUAGAAACUGUGCAGACAUUAGAAGAUGUGAACAUUAAAGUAACUGAUGCUGUGGUUCUGAUGGAUAGAGAACAAGGGGCAAAGACGACCCUGAAAAAAAAAGGUAUCAAUGUACACAGUGUUUGCACAUUAAGUCAAGUACUGGAUGUAUUAAGCUCAGCAGGUAAAUUGGACCAGGAUACAGUCAACAGAACAAAACAGUUCAUACAACAGAACAGAUUUGACGUCCCGAAUGGUAGUGAUUCAAGUCUGAAGAAGAAAUCCCAGACUUAUAAAGAGAGAUCAUCUACCUGUACCCAUCCUUUAGUACAACAACUUUACAACAUUAUGCACCUGAAGAAAUCCAACCUGGCUUUGUCUGUUGAUCUACAGAACUCACAGCAAAUAUUACAGACAGUUGACAAGUUAGGCCCUCACCUCUGUAUAGUCAAGACACAUGUAGACAUCAUAGAAGACUUUUCACCACAGUUCACCACAUCACUCAAAGAUUUAGCAGCCAAACAUAACUUCUUAAUAUUUGAAGAUAGAAAAUUUGGCGACAUUGGAAAAACAGUGAAAAGUCAGUAUGAAGGAGGCAUAUACAAAAUAUCCUCUUGGGCUGAUAUUGUCAAUGCUCACCCUGUGCCUGGGGAUGGGGUAAUAAAAGGUUUAAAAGAGGCUGUUACAGGAACAAAUAAAGGUUGUUUAUUAGUGGCAGAAAUGAGUUCAGCAGGAAGUCUUGCCAAAAAUGAAUACACAAAAGGUGCUAAAAAGAUGGCUGAAGACCACAAAGAUUUUGUGAUAGGAUUUAUUUGCCAGUCAAGAUUGAUAGAUGAUUACAACUUUGUACACAUGACACCAGGAGUUAAGUUAUCAGAAGGUGGUGAUUCAUUAGGACAACAAUACAGAACACCUGAGGAAGCCAUUUUGAAAAGAGGAGCAGACGUUAUUAUAGUAGGAAGUGGUAUCCUAGCAACAGAUGAUCCAGUCCAAGCAGCCAUUCAGUAUAAGGAAGCUGGAUACAAAGCAUACGAAGAGUCAUUGAAAAACUAAAGAUUAUGGCAUUGUGUUAUA